CCGAUGACCAAGAUUCCAACGGGAUUACUGACGUUCGCAAAAACGGUAGUAAAUCUAACACGAAAUCCUACACGAAAGUCGUCAAUGAGCAAAUAUUGUCUUCAAGUUCUAUAAGUCAAUCAGUUCAGGAACA